UGACAGCUCUGAUUCCCCGCGGCAGGCUUGGUGUUUGGGGUAUCACUCGACUCAGGUGCUUGAUAAGCUAUCUACCUGCUCGACUGGGAUAUAGCUUGAAUCCAUAGUGCCGUGUCACGAGGGAGCAGCUUGAUGUUGGUUGCUGUUGAGUCUUUCAUGCCAUCCUCUGUCUGAUUGUAUUGACACUCGGAAGUCACUGUGACUCGUGUGAGUUGACAUUCGGGAACUAUCUCGCUGCUUUCUUAGUAUACUGCUAUAUCAACCAAGCUAUUGCCUCCACCUAUCGUCCAACGCUAUAAUGGGAGCAUAUCAGUCCAAGCUCACGCCAGAGGCAGCUUUGCAUGAGAAAGCAGUGUUGGAACGACUCCGAUCCUUCGCUAUGGACGACGAUAUUGCAGAGGAUGUUGCAGAGGAUGUUGCAGAGGAUGAUUUCAUCCAUGUUGCUGACGAGAAAGUCGGCAGGGUACACUUGUCACGCCAAGCUGAAGGUCUGCCUGUGCAAUUGCUCAGCUCGUGGCAGAGCAAGGUGCUUCAGGAUUCCAAGAACAGACUUGCGCUCUCAGCCCUAAGCGCAGCCAACCCAGUAGAGGUUCUUAGCCAGCGGGCGACCAAGAUUGCAGAUCAGCACAUCUUCAAUAUCCAGAUCCCUUUCGAGGGCGCCCCAAUCACUAACCAGCGAUCUUCGGGUCGCUGCUGGCUCUUCGCAUCCACUAAUGUCUUCCGCAUUGCCCUGAUGCAGAGGUACAACCUCGCUUCCUUCGAGCUGUCCCAGGCCUAUCUGUUCUUCUGGGAUAAGCUCGAGAAGGCAAACUUCUUUCUCGAGAACAUCAUCGAACUCGCUGACGAGGACCUCGAGUCGCGCCUCGUGCAGCGUGUCCUCGCCGACCCCGUCAGCGAUGGUGGGCAGUGGGACAUGGUGUACAACCUCGUGGAUAAGUACGGCCUCGUGCCCCAGGCGCUGUACCCGGACAGCUGGAACGCCAUGAACAGCCGCGCCGUCAACUACAUCGUGGUCGCUAAGCUGCGCGAGUACGCCAUCACUUUGCGCAAGCUCGUCCGGUCCCCCUCGGUUACCACCGCGGCCCUGUCGGCCACCAAGCAGAAGAUGAUGCGCGAGAUCCACCUGGUCCUGACGCUCACGCUGGGCCCCCCGCCCAGCGCUUCCGAGAAGUUUCAGUGGACCUUCUCGGAUAAGAACGGCAAGGUGCGCACCGUGAGCUUGUCGCCCGUCGAGUUCGCCAAGGACAUUGCGUCCCCCGACUUCCGCAUCACAAGUUCCGUCAUCGCAGGUCACGUCUCGCUCGUCCACGACCCACGGCACGAGCCCCUGAGCCUUCUGUCGGUGGACAGGUUGGGCAACAUUGUGGGCGGUCGCGGUAUUACCUAUAUCAACGUGGAGAUGAACGCGCUGAAGCAGGCCGUGAUAUCCAUGCUCAAGGCCGGUUUGCCCGUGUUCUUUGGGUCCGACGUGGGCAAGUUCAGCGACCGGGUCGCCGGUAUCAUGGAUUUGGAUAUCGUGGAUUACGCGCUGGGCUUCAACGUGGAUAUCCUGCGCGGCGGCCUCACGAAGGCCGAGAGGCUCCGGGUCGGAGAGAGCGCCAUGACGCAUGCGAUGGUUCUGACGGCGGUUCAUGUCGACGAGAAGACGGGGAAGCCCAUCAGAUGGCGUGUGCAGAACAGCUGGGGCACCGAUGUCGGCGAGAAGGGGUGGUUCGUCAUGAGUGAUGCGUGGAUGGACGAGUUUACGUAUCAGGCGGUCGUCGACCCGAGGUUCCUCACGAGGGAGGUCAAGGAUGUGCUGAAGAAGGAACCGAUUGUGCUGCCGCUCUGGGAUCCUAUGGGUUCGCUUGCUUGAAAGAUCGGGGCGGAACAGUAUUAUGAGUUUUGGCAAUGCCUCUAGGUAGGCACAUUAUGACCAUGUGAACAGACUAAUGAACGCUAUUUUUGAGGGAAAUGGAUUUAUGAAUUUAAUCUCAAUUUAAUCGGUAUCCAUAGCUGCCUGUUCAACCUCAAAAUCCAUGCA